AUAAUGACUAGAUUCUUCAAAUACCAAACUCCCCCUCCGUAUUUUCUGGCUAAUCUAAUGUAUAUAUAAUCUAAAAUAUUUUAGCUACAUUUCAUUCCAUUUAUUCACAAAAAAAAAACGUUAUAUUAGUCUACCAUAACUACGAAGCCUUCGCCGGCACCAGGAGCUGAUAAGCCAUUCCCCUUGAUCACUACCCCAUCGAGACAUAUAACAGACUCACACUCCUCUGUUUAUGUGGCCUCUGAAAUGGCGCACGCACACAACACCAUUCUGCGAGGGCUAAACUCCAUCAUCCAGCAAGCACCAUACGUAAUCAUCGGUAAUAAGUAUGACGUGCAGGAUGUGAACGACUUACUCUUUUAUGUCAAGUCGUGGGCCAAUAUGGUGAAUCAUCAUCAUUGGGUGGAGGAAUCGUUCAUUUUCCAGAAACUGAGAAAUUUAGCGGCAAGCCUGGCAUCAUGAGCGGACUGCAACACCAACAUGAACUAUUCCAUGGUGGUCUGGAAAGACUGUUGUUGUAUUCCUCCACAACUAAGCCCGGAGAGUAUCGGUGGGGAGGAUUGGGUGGCAUGAAAGAAAUCAUUGACUCCUUUAGUAAACAUCUAACAGACCACCUUUAUGCAGAGAUCGAUGUAUUUUUAAGCUUAAAGGACCUGGAGAGUACCGGCUUGAGGAAGACUUGGGAUCGGGGCGAAUCAGUUGCUAAGCAAUCAGGGAAUAUCAAGAUGUUGUACGACGUUUUUCCCUGUGUCAUCGGUUGUGCGGACAAGACCUAUGAAGGUGGUCGUCCAUUUCCACCACUACCUAGGAUCCUGAUAUAUCUUGUGAAGUUCUGGUUCGCUUCUGGCAAUGGGGCCUGGAGAUUUAACCCAUGUGAUUGGUGGGGGCAACCACAGCCUUUGGCCUUCGUUCUAGCGAAUUUGACAUAUGCUACCUUAGUAACAGAUUAGUUAGUGAUGGAGUUGACAAAGAUGGAUAAUGCUAUAAGCUUGUUGGCUGCCGCAUAGUAGUACACUUAUUUAAAUUGUCAUAGAUAAAGC